GUCAAAACACAUGCCGUACAGAUGCCGUACAAGUGUACGACAGCUGUCGUACGCUGCCGUACAGUUGUCGUACAUGUCAUAAACAUGACAUCUUGCCACACAGUACGGCACAAUUGCCGUACAGUCUGCUGCCGUACAGUGUGUUGUCGUACUCGAGAUCUCUCACAACACCAUCCCCACAGGCCCAGGCAUCAUCUCCAAGGGUGCCCAGGAAGUCGCCAAGAGGUCGCUACCUGGCUCGAACCGGAGACCUCUGGCUGGCUGGGCACAGGACUGAACGCUUAGCGCCCCAAGGACCUUGCCACCACUUCUGCGGACGCACAGACAGACAGACGGACGGACAAAAUUUCGAC